AUUUGCCUAGAAGGCCAAGUCAGCAAAACUAGCAUAAACGACGGUCUCUCGCGAGGUCGUAGGGCAGCGGGCGAUCUAAUACCUUGGACGAUCGCUCAGCAAUAUCAAGACGAAGACUUUCCAGUAUUAUCCGGCGCGCGCGUUGUUAGGAUUGCUACGCAUCCCGAUUACCAAGGCAUGGGCUACGGUAAUCGUGCGUUGCAGCUGUUGAAGCAAUACUACGAGAUGAAAAUACCUAAUAUCAGUGAAAGCGUUGUGCAAGAGCCCGUGACAGAGAUAAAAAAUGUCCCCGACGAAGCAGUCGGUUUAUUAGAAGAAAAUAUCG